AAAAUUUAACUAAUUAUAAAUUAUCCAAAUAUUGAAUAAACAAAGCAUUAAAAAUAAAAUGAAUUACAACUAUAAUCCAUAAGAAAAAAUUCUAUAAAUAUCUUUAGAGAAAUGUAGUUAGAAAGAACUUUAAUAACAGCUAAAAAAUAUAAAAAAGAAUUUUAGCAGAGCUUAACUAGUGAAAUAAAAUACAAAUUAAUAUAUUAAUAUGGAAUAUUUUGAAUCUAAUAUUUUAAAUAUCUUUGUUAAAUAAUAAAAUGUAAAUGUAAUCUCAACACUAAGCAUCUUCAUUUCAAAAAAUACCCAUAUCACAUUUCAACAGUUGAGAUAGCUUUUAAAUGCCUGUUGUGAAAAUAGUUACGAUCUAAUAAAUUUAUCUUUGAAAAUAGAAGAUAAUUAAAUAGGGAGCAAAGGAGCUUAUCUAAUUGCUUAUUAAAUUUUGAAGCUAAAGAAUUUACAAAAUUUAAAAUUAGAGAUUUAAAGCAACAAUAUAAAAUCCAAAGGAGCAUAAGCCUUAGCUUAUUCAAUCUCACAGCUUAAAAAUCUCAAAACUCUAAGUCUAAAAAUUGAUAAAGAAAAUAAUAUAUCUGCUCCUACUAAAGCAUAGUAAAAUUCUAUUAGUAGCUUUUUGAAUUUACACAUUCUUAACUGCUGGGAUAAUGAAGAGUACUAGUAUUUUGAAAAGUUGAUUGAUUAAGAAAUAGAUGGAAUUCACGCGAUAGUAAAUAUGCUAGAAAAUCACUAAUAUUUGUAAGAAUUAGACUUAAACAUAGAUAAUGACCAAGUUUAAUAGCAAAAUAUUCAAACUGAUAAGAAUUUUAUUUAAGUUUUAUGGAAUUUGUCAAACUUAAAGAAAUUAAAUUUAGUCAUCGGUUAAUAUUUUUGCUUUAAUAAUAUGCUUGCCUAUCCUAUAAACUUUAAGAAACUAAGCAACUUAACAAAUUUAUCUAUUUCAAUCUAAAAUAAUUGCUAAAUUUGUUAAUAAGGAAUUUUUUUAUUAAAAAAUACAAUACUGAAUUUCCCCAAUUUGACACAUCUUUCUUUUGAAAUUGGUAUAAAAUGCAAUAUUAAGUCUGAAGGUAUUUGCACUUUGUUUGAAGCAAUAGGUGAGCUCAAUUCUCUUACAUAUCUUAAAUUACAAAUAAAAUGGGGGAAUUUUAUUAGCGUUCAAGGUGCUAAAGCUAUUUCAGAUGCUAUCUUUAAGCUGUAAAAACUAAAGUAAUUAAUAAUAUUGAUAGAUGAAAGUAGUAAUGACAUAAAUUUUGAAGGGUCUUAUUUCUUAGGUUCUUCUAUUCUAUAGUUAAACAAUCUAAGAAGUGUGUAAGCUAAAUUUUUUUAAUCCUAAGUGUUGAAGAAAACACUGGCGAAAUAGUAAGUUAGACUAGUAACUCAAUAGCUUUGACUAAUAUAUUGAAUUUAAUAAAGUAAUAAAUUUUUUUGUUUGAUUUUAUUAAACAAAUGAAAAUGCACUUAGUUUAUUGUAAGUAUUUAUUAAAAAAUGUAUAAAUUUGAUUUAUUUGUUAAGCAUAUAACUUUGGCAAAAUAAAUUAUUCUCUUUCAG